AUGGUUGCUUCAUACCUCCCCAAGAUUAUCAACCGUACACGUUCUUUCUUGCCCUAUGAUCUCCCAAGUCUAUCCAAUGAAGAAGAGCUGACACAACAGAUCAAGAAUGCCAUCAAAAAUGGAAUACAUAGGAUUUAUCUUCAGAAGAUUGGAGUUGCUUUUAUCAAGAUGAUUUGUACCGUAAAUCUUACAUCUGGGUACCCUUGCACUGAGCUCCAGCAACUCAACAAUAUGCGGAAAAAAGGAUUGAGACAAGCAACUUUGAGUAGCUUGUUCCUCCGUACCCCAUUUUAUGAGCGAGUUUUUUCCAGCAUUGCACUAUUUCAACAAUAUUACAAAGAGGCAACUGAAGACCAAGGUAACGUCAACUCAAAUCACAAAGGCAUCAUCAAAGUGCUCUAUGUAGCACUGGGUGCAGUAUAUUUUUCAGAUGGUUUGAAACGCACCAAAGAAUCUGCUCAAACAAUUGUCCUUGACUGUUAUUUGUAUCAUUGGUAUACCACUCAAUAUAAUGAUGUAGAUAAUAUGGAAGCAAUUGCAGGUGAAUAA